CUCGACCGGAGAUGACUUCUCGAGCGCGAAUUGACCAAUUUGAUGGCACCGAUUCUGAGUACAUUGCUUACUUAGAAUCGAAAGUGUUCGAGUUAUCUAUAAUCCGUUGCCCUUCGCCGCGGCGUUCAAAGGCGCGCCAAUUGACCGCGACUCGUUCUCCUCCGCCGCAGCGUUCACGGGUGCACCAGUUGACCACGAACCACUCUCCUCCGCCUUCUCCGCCUUCAGAGGUGCGCGGGUUGACUACGGAUCGUUCUCCUCCGAGUCCGUCGCGUUCAGAGGUGCGCGACGAAGCAACUGAUAGUUCUGAUGGCGAUGGGGCUCUUUUUAAUACCCUCGAAUUCAUCGUGUAUAAUCCGUCACAGGAUUCUUUUCAUAAUCCGGCAAAGAAGAGGCAACGAAUACAAACAAGAUGGGAGCACGAAAUGGAUGACAUGCUCAGCGACAUUCCAAACACCAAAGACUGGUCGCCAAAGAGGGAAAGCGUUGGCCUCGCAUCCUCAGCUAAGAUUCUAGUGGCGUUGGACGUCAUUAUACACGGCAGAGGUCCACAAAUGGAUCUUAACGCCGGCCAGAAAGAUCUAUCAGUUGUUUGCUACGAUCGUUCAAAUGCUAUUCUACAGCUUCUAAACACCUUCGCCAUCACUACGGCAGCACUGCAAAUUGAGACGACAUUUACGAGACAGAUAUAUCGCUUCCGCGUUUUCGUGUUCGUCUCUUUGUGUUGUGUCGCACUACAUCAUGGCGUGGAAAAGAGAUUUGUUGAGGAGGCCAUGCAGAAAUGCGUUAGCGAUUCAUGUGGAAAGAACCUUACGCGACUCCGAAACGGGGCGCUAUGGGUCAAUCGGAUGAUGAGUACGUUAGCAGCAGAUGGUCGUGGCCAUCGAGCGUACGAGCUUUUUGUUCUUUGUGGUCGAUCAAUAGCCUGCUACGGUCGUUUUGCGCAGGCUGGAGAAUCUGGAUUUUCUUACUUCAGUAGCCGUGUCCCAAUCUGCAAGCCAGGACUCGAGAUACAAGCUUCCCUACCUUUCUGGGUUCCAUUCAUCAUCAAGUCGAUAGCUGGUGAGGUCUACAGUCUCUCAGAUAUAUGUGUUGCUCUCGGCGACGGUGCAGAUUCACAGAUAGACCAUUAUCCACGAUAUCUCCGAAAUUACCACAGUAGGCGAAUACCACCACCUCCGAAUGUCCACCCUGAAAUUACAGCAACUUCAACAGGACAUUCUAGUACUGACGGCCUCGCUGGAUGUGGAGGUGGUGGGGAGGAGGAAACUCGCACUAACUCCAAUUCGAUACUCUCUCUGUUGACAGCCGCAGAGUACAGUCAUGGCUACUUGCCGGUAUUGGUGCCAGAGCAGCAACCGCUUUUGGACAGAGAUUUGGUGAAUGGAACGCCAAACUCGGCUCCGUUGCAACCAGUCAUGACAGGAGGCCCUGCCUUAUACACUAUGGAACGACCUAUGGAAAAAAGGCGCAGGUCAAUCUUACCACAGGUCGAGCACCAACAAAGCACCAGCAGUCAAGCUCCCAGCAAUAGGCGGAUGAGAGGUAAUUCUGCCGAACAAGAAGAACAAUUCCGUCAAAGUCUCCCAGAGACCAACUUAGCUUCUACCGACGCUUCUCUACUAGACGUGAUAAAUUCAUCAGAAGGCCCGAAUUCAUCUGCAGGUAAUGCACAGUCCAUCGAAAAUCAGAAAAUGAACCAAGCCAGUGCACCAACCACUACACCAGGCCCCCUAGACCCUCAGCAAUUUGAACCCAGUAGAGUCUCAGAAGGUGCAGGUAUUGCCUCUAUGGCCAUGGAUUCGAGUGGCUUCUCCAAUCUACCUUGGCCGUCUUCAGAUCUAACCUAUAACAAAAAUAUUGCCAAUGACGAUUCGGCAUUUCCCUUCGAUUUCGACUCCAGCCAUUACCUCUCGAACUUCUCCUUCAACUACAGUGACGCCCAUUUACUUUCGAACAUCACAUUUCAGUACGACCCAUAUGAUAUGACCAGCAUCCCCUUUCCAACGUCCUCCAACACCUAAUCACACUAUAACGAACAUGAGGUCUAUUUUCGGACUAAUAUAGACUCCGGUGGUGAUGUAGGUACUUUGACCUGGUAUCAAAGGACAGUUCGAUACGGCUGGCUUAGUGCCUUCAUCGACUCGGAUCGGAAUAAUGUAUGCAGGACCUUUGUCGCUGUAAAAUGGUGCGGAUUUGGGACCGGGAAUCCUCACGACCGAAACCCCCUGAUAGAGUUAGCAAUACUCUAGAAACUCAACUUAAUGAAAUACCUUGUUUGUGACUAGAUCUAACUCCUCAAGCAAAGGUUUUAUAGUCUUGUACAUCUGGGGAUCAACACAGAGAUGAAAAUCCUCCGCGUGUGGUGUGAACAUAACCGGUGGCGCUUCGGUAGACAGCCAGUCUUGUAUUGCUUUCAAUGACCUUUGUGCCUGUUCUCCAAGCUGGCGCUGCUGUAGAUGCACCUUAUCCGAGGUAGUUACGGACAUCUUAGUUCUGAGAUGCGAGCGUGUUUGAUGGCAAAGCCGAUCGUUUUUGGGCCGACCGCGAAAGAUACAACAAAGGCUUUGCGCCAGAAUCUUGGUAGCUCGUACGGUAGCGGAAAAUUGGGAAUAUUAAAGACUGUCCUUGGUGGUUUGUCUUCGCAGAAGAUAGAGUGCCUGACGCUGGGUUGGGUAGAGGUACAUUUCUUGCCUUUAAAAUCGUACGACCGCCCUUUCGCGAUAACUUCACGUUGCGGGGCACGGUUUACUAGUGUCAAGGUCACGUGAAGAUGAAUGACUCUAGCAUAAUCGGCACGGGUCAGUAACUUCGUGAUGAAACUCGCAACGGAACAUAUUAUUCUGUGGCAAAGAGGCUGGAUGAGUGGAGGACUUUUUUUUAGACGUUGCAUGAACUCAUCUAUGGGGGGUUGAAAAUGGCAGGAAUAUGACGAUUGGAUGGUGAUAGGUUUCGGCCAUAACUGAACAAGUUGGGCAGUAGCGCAUAACUCACCAGUGAACCGUUUUUGCUGUGGAUGCCAAGUCGAGGUAAUGGAUUACGUGGCAAAGUUUGUGAUGGUGUCUUGCAAAUCACCCUUGUGUAGUUUUCUAGUGUGGCAACAUACUUUAUGGAUGAAUUCUUCUCUCGUGUGUAGACACUUCGUCCAACGUGGAUGUGGUCAAUCACAACCAAUUCAGGCAUCUACUGGAGCGAAAUCGCAGUGUUUGGAGCGGUGCUAUCGACUGGAGCGAGCGCCUGUCCUCGAGUACGUUGAUUGGAUGAUGUGAUAGAGAGCUACUGUAAGGCAACGACCGGAGCCACCAGCGACUGCCUGGCUGGGAUACCAUUUUCAUAUAGCCAA